AUGCCAAAAGUGAAAUCAAAGUUGAAAUCGUCUCUCCUUCGCUUGCAACAAGAGAAACAAUUACGUGACAAACAUGCGGCGGCAAUAGCAAACGCAGAGGCAAAACUAAAGAGUGUCAACAAACCCAAGGUCAAGAGAAUUAAGAAUGUGGAAGAACGCCAGAAACAAUUUCCUCCUGUGCCGUAUAAACAAGGAGAGCGAAUAUUGUUGGUCGGCGAAGGUAAUUUUAGUUUCGCUCGCUCUUUAUGCGAACACAUGUUCAAAGAAUGCUCUCACACUAUAACGGCUACAACAAACGAUACCGAGGCUGUUGCCUAUGAGAAAUACACGGAUGCUAGGGCACACGUUAGUGUAAUCCGUGAAUAUGGUGGAGUAGUAAUUUUUGAGGUCGAUGCUACUCAAUUGGACAAGUGUAAGCCGUUAAAGAAACGUACCUUUGACAAAAUUGUUUUUAACUUUCCUCAUGUUGGUCUCGGUAUAAAACAUCAAUCUCGUAAUAUUCUUGCCAAUCAGACUUUAAUCCAGCAGUUUCUUCAAUCAUCUUUAGCUUUUCUUUCUUCAUCGUCGAGUGAGAUUCACAUUACUUUGAAGACCGGGGUACCAUAUGAUGAUUGGCAGGUGAAGAGGAUAGCUAAAGCUCUUGGUUAUGUGACUAAAGAGACGAUUAGAUUUUAUCCGGAAAUGUAUCCCAGUUACGAACAUCGACGUACUAUUGGAUUUAAAGACAAUGUCAGCGUAGGUGGUAACAAGGAAUUGGAAGACAAGCGAUGUAAUACAAUUAUGUUCUGGAGGGAAAAGGAAGGUCAUAUAAGAAAUGAGGGUGAUCACAAGAAUAAUAAUAGUGAUAGUGAAUAA